AAUCCAAACCGCCAAGUAUAAGAAGAAUUAGUCCACCAGCAUCCUAAUACGGUCCCAAAGAAUUAGUCCAAUAAAACCCUAAUUAAUCUUCCAAAUUCCAGAUUCCGAAAGUUCUGUUCGAUUCAAUUCAACCAUGUCGCAGUUCGACGAAUUCACUCUCCAUGAACCAGACCCGAGCCCAAUCGACCCUCAUGCACAUUCCCAUACCCAAUCCCUCGAUCCCCUCGCACGACGCCGUACAUUUGUAUCCUCCAUCACCGACCGCAACCCUUUCGAUUCCCAAAGCUACGACUCUGACUGGUUCUCCGAUUUGGGCUCCACCUCGGACCGGGACGUGGGCCGCUUCCUCAACGACCUCUUCGAGCGCCGAUCUGAUGAUGGUUAUGAUUUACACGCUUUCGAUGUUCCUGGCUCGGGCUCCGAUCCCUUUUCCGAGUUCGAGUUCGCAAAUGGUGGCGAAUUCGGAUCGGAUCAAGAGGAACUGCCGGGUAUAGGGUUUGGAUUUGAAAUUGAAUUCGAUGCGCAGUACUCAGUUGGCGAUGGUCUCCGCGUUGCUGGACUUGAUUCUGAGUCGGACCCGAGUGUGGAAUUAAAUUCCGAGGAUUCGAAUUUUCGUUUGGACAGCUUUUGUUUGGAGGAGCAGAGGACUUGGUUUGAGGGUUUCGAAUGGGAGGAAGUUGAGGAAGGCGUUUUUAAUCAGAGAGAAAACCUAGGCAUUAUGGUCGAGGAGGUCGAGGAGUUAUCGGUUGGUUCAUCGGAAGAAGUAGGGGUGCGAAAUCUUGAGUGGGAAAUUCUAUUAGGUGCGAAUAUGAGGUUAGAACGUGCAUUUGAUGCGGAUUCAGAUUCGGAUUCGUAUCUAGCGGCAUUUCAGGAUGAAUAUGAUGCGGAACCGGCUGAAUAUGAUACCAUUUUUGGGCGAUUUGGGGAUAACGGAAGGGGCAGCCCUCCGGCAGCGAAAGGGGUUGUGGAGAAUCUUCCUUUUGUGGAGUUAACGGUGGAGGAAUUGCAGACUAACGCUUUGGUCUGUGCAGUUUGUAAGGACGCGAUUGUAGUGGAGGAGAAGGUGAGGCGGCUUCCGUGCUCUCAUUAUUAUCACGGGGAUUGCAUUGUGCCGUGGUUGAGUAUAAGGAAUACCUGUCCUGUUUGUCGGUAUGAAUUACCCACCGAGGAUACGGAGUAGAGGGUUGGAGGUGGUGGUGGUGGUGGCAGUGGGGAAAUGCGCGUCGAGGAGCUGGGCUUGCAGGUUAUGUCAACUGAUGAGCUAAUAUGAAACACGGGCCCCCAAAAACUUCGGCUUUUUGUCCAGUCUAAAAUGUCCGUUGGCUGUCUCUAUGCUUGUGUGAGAUAUAGAAAGUGGUGGGGUGGAGACGGGUCAUUUCACGGCUGGUAAUGCAGUCCACUCACAAGCGUGGUGGAUGAUGUUCAGCCAUUUCUGCCGUUUUUGCUUGUUCUUUACAUUGAUUGCUUGGAACACCAAUGGCUGAUGCUGCAAUCCAGACAUGAUUUAAUUUCUGACGACUAGCAGAGAGAUUUGAAUCGUGGGUGUUCUAGCAAGCACACCAAUUGGUGUUCAAAUUGUCGUAUUCGUAUAUUUGUCACCCCUUUAACCAUUGUAGUGUCAUUUCAGGCGCCAACAUCUUCCCAUUUCUUUGGUUAUGAUCAUCAGCAUAUCGUUUUCGGUCUCUGAGAGACAAUUGCUUGGGUUGAGAUAGGGAUAACAAUAUGUGACGUAACCCAUGAAUUUAACAUGAACUCGAUACGAAAUUAACGAGUUUGUGUUUGAGGUUAACGAGUUCGGAUCAAAA